CCAAAUUGGUUUGUUUUUUCCACGCUGCUGCCGUGUCGUGAAACAAAGUGCAGUGAAAAUACAGCCAGCCGUGGACGGGUUCGGCAAGGGGCACCUUUGGAGAAAACGUUAAAUCGAUCGCGAAAUCCGGAUCCCGCGGACGGGGAAAAGUUUUGCGUCAGGCCUUUUGCUGCUACUACGAAAUCGGCUCGCCGCCGAACGCCUAGCCUUCAAUUGACCGUAAUUGAUGCGGUGAGCGAAGCAUCCGCCGCGGAUUAUUGGAGCGGGAACUUAACUGACCUUUCCCCUGCAAUUGACUUUUUAGUGUUUCCCGGGUGUUGUGAGGACAGGCCGUGCGUUGUACGGUUGGUGAAGGCAAGGGGCAAGGAAGCGGUGAUUCCUGUGAUUGCUGUGUUAUCCCAAUUGCGUUCACACUGCGUGCAUGUGUCACGAAUCGCGCAAUGGAGACUAGAUUAUCGAGUUUUUCUUGGAAAAGUGACGUCCCAGCAGCAGCAGCAGCAGCAGGAGCAGUGCGUCCAAUGUAGAACCCAGCCCAUUGGAAGAAAGCAAAAAAGAAAAACGCACAGUAAAAGCUGCUGCUCGGAGAGGAAUCAGUGAAGCGCGUUCCGGGGGUUUAGUUAUUCGGUCCGCGAUUUGUGCAGCACCACGAAAAAGGGAUUUCGGUGAUGGUGUAAGUGUGUGUCCCAGUGUGUGUGCGUGUGUGUUUGAAAUUGGCAUCCCGUAGGUCCGGCGGGGUACAACUUCCUCUUCCGCCAACCUUCUGGUGCCUACCACGGUUUUGUAUACAGCGCGUAAGAACAAAAGAACGAGAUUCUCCCAUAGCUGGGCUGAGUCACGAUGGCAUCCUCUUCCCGAAACGGACUUCUGCCGGUGGUGCUCCUGUUGGUGCUCGCUUUGAACAACCUGGUUCGAGUUCAUGGGCUUCCAACAACGGAACAUACUGUACGCACAACAACGAGUGACGACCCCGUUUCGUCGAUGGUUUCCCCCACACAAGCAAUAGAAAGUACGCUGCCUCCCCCAACGGAUGGGGCAGCCAACGGUGGCGUUGGGCCACCCGUACUCCUGCUUCCGUACGAUGCCGACGACGGCCAGGUGGAUGCACUCGGGCAGGAAGAGGAAGAGGAGUUCGAGGAACCCCGUGUCCUUCCGCUGAAAUCGUCCUCCGCGUCCGCUUCCACACCCGCGCUCGUCCGGGUGGUACCGAUCGAUGCGGCCGCAAGCAACGACGAACCACACACUUCCACCCACGAUCCAACGUUUUCCGCCGACGAUGACAUUGAACCAAGUCCACCACAAAAUCUCACCGUGCUGGAGGUGACGUCCACCACGAUCAAGCUGACCUGGCGCGAGCCGGAAAAAGCAAACGGGGCCAUCCACGGCUACCGGGUGUACUACAUCCACCAAAACCAAACCGACCUGCACAUGCCGAUACUGAAGCUGAACGAAAUGCAGAACUCGGUCUACCACUACACGUUAUCGAAUUUGAAACCGUUCACGGAGUACCGCAUUUUGGUGACGGCGUUUACGAAGAAGCACGACGGCAAACCGUCCGAGGUGUCACAGCGAACCGAUGUCGCCGGACCGAGCGCCCCCAAGGUGGUCAACCUUACCUGCCACUCGCACAACUCGCUCUACUACGGUUGGCGCAUUCCGCAGACGUUCUACAAUACGAUCGAUUUGUACAUUAUCAGCUAUCGAAAUAUCGCGUACCACGAGUUCCGCGAGAUACGCAUCACGGUGAACGCCUCCAUUAUGGAGACAUCGCUGAUCAUCCCCAACCUUACCUCCAAUUCCGUGUACGAGGUGAAGGUGCGCGCUGCAUCGGCGAGUGUGAUUAACCCGAAGCAAAUUAUCCUCGGUUCAUACUCGGAACCGCGAAAGAUCUCCCUCCAACCGAACUGCGAGAAGGCUCCGCUGACGUCCCAGAGGCAGGGGUACGAUGACUACAAUCUGGCCGUUAUGGCCGGCAUCGUGUUUAGCUGUUUCGUCCUGCUGCUCAUCGUGUUGGCGCUCAUCCUGUGGAAGAAAUGUUUCCACGCCGCCUACUACUACCUGGAUGAUCCACAGCCCUGCCAGGGUUCGCAGGCUGGCCUGAUCGAUUGGGAAGGCCCGAGCGAGGUAGGUGGUGAGGUACGCUGUCCGGUGCCCGUUUCGGAGUUUGCCAAGCAUGUCGCUCAGCUGCAUGCCGACGGGGAUAUCGGCUUCAGCAAGGAAUACGAAGCCAUCCAGGGUGAGGCGUUGAACGACGAGUACCCCUCGGAGAACUCACAGCAUCCGGAAAACAAGGGCAAGAAUCGGUAUCUGAACGUGAUCGCAUACGAUCAUUCCAGGGUACACUUGCGCCAGACUCCAGGACAGAAGAAACAUCUUGACUAUAUCAACGCAAAUUUCAUCGAUGGGUACCAGAAGCCGCGGGCUUUCAUCGGUACGCAGGGCCCACUGCCCGGCACAUUCGACUGUUUUUGGCGCAUGAUUUGGGAGCAGCGCGUGGCCGUGAUUGUUAUGAUCACCAACCUGGUCGAGCGGGGCCGCCGAAAGUGUGACAUGUACUGGCCGAAGGAUGGCACCGAAACGUACGGCAUCAUCCAAGUGCGGCUGGUGAAGGAGGACGUGAUGGCCACGUACACCGUGCGCACGCUGCACAUCAAGCACUUGAAACUGAAGAAGAAGAAGCAGUCGCAGAUGGAAAAGACGGUCUACCAGUAUCACUACACGAACUGGCCCGACCACGGUACGCCCGACCACCCGCUGCCGGUGAUAAACUUUGUGAAAAAGUCCACCACGGCGAACCCGACCGAUGGUGGGCCGAUCGUGGUGCAUUGUUCGGCCGGUGUUGGCCGCACCGGGACGUUCAUCGUGCUCGAUGCGAUGCUGAAGCAGAUCGAGACGAAGGGCUCGCUGAACGUGUUCGGCUUUCUGCGGUACAUUCGCGCCCAGCGUAACUAUCUGGUGCAGACGGAGGAACAGUACAUUUUCAUACACGACGCACUGGUGGAAGCCAUCGCCAGCGGAGAGACAAACGUCAAGAUGGACACGAUCGGUGGACUGGUGAACCAUCUGGACUUUAUUGAUGGGCAAUAUAAGCUUAUUGUGAGUUAUCAACCGAAAGAGAUUAACCUAACGUCGUCGCUGAAAUCGGUGAAUGCAAUCAAAAAUCGCAGCUCGUUGGUCCCACUCGAGGGCAGCCGGGUGCAUCUUACACCCAAACCGGGCGUCGAGGGCAGUGACUACAUCAACGCCACCUGGUUGCACGGUUUUCGCCGACUACGGGACUUUAUCGUUACGCAGCAUCCGCUGAUUGAAACGUUCAAAGACUUCUGGCAGAUGGUGUGGGACCACAACGCGCAGACAGUGGUACUUCUGUCGUCGGUUGACAAUAUGUCUUUCCUCCAAUUUUGGCCCAACGAGUCGGAACCAAUCGAAAGUGACUACUACCGCAUCCGGAUGGUGUCGGAGACGUCGGAGGAUAACUAUAUCGUGAGGAGCUUUGUCAUUCAGUCGAUACAGGACGACUACGAGCUGAACGUGAAAAUGUACGAAAAUCCCGCCUGGCCCGAUAUGAACAAUACCCGCUCGAUAUUCGAUUUUGUUCUACGCGUGCACGAACGCUGCAACGAGUACCGCAACGGUCCGAUCGUCGUCGUGGAUAGAUACGGCGGAUUCCAGGCGUGCCAGUUCUGCUGUGUCAGUUCACUCGCAAUGCAGCUCGAGUACGACCAGACGGCCAAUGUUUACACCUACGCGAAGCUGUACCACAACAAGCGGCCCGGCAUCUGGACGUCGUACGACGAUAUCCGGCAGAUCUACCGAAUACUGUCCCACAUGCCGAGGGAUCUCGGGCUGCUUAAGUGCACCGAGCUGCGAACCGAGUUUGACGAUGCCGCUAUGAUGACCGCCACCCCGGACCUGUACAGCAAAAUCUGCAGCAAUGGUAGCAUCAACAAUCAGCUUACCGGUGGCACACCGCCGGUCGAUGGUAUCGGUAUGGGCAAUGGUACGACGACAACGACUACGGCGUCGACGACGACGUCCGGCAAUCCACCCUCGGGCAUGACGUUACCCGGUGUUGUUGUCGGUACACCGAACUCGAUCGGUCCCAGCCCGAUGGGGGGCCCCGGUGGAACAACGCCACCACCGCCGGGUGUGAUGACCACGGCUGCCACACUCCAAAACGGUGGCACGGUUAUCGUGAAAAUGAACGGCGACGAUAACGACGAGCUUUCGGUCGUGGUGGCCACCGGCAACCACCAUCUGAACCUCGACCACAAUCAGGCGUAAUUCCUCCUCCGCAUGAAGGAAGGUUCAAAAAGUGUCCCUCACCACAUGUAGCGCGGUGUAUUUAUUUGCAUUUACCAUUCGACCAACGACGAUGCCGCCAACCACACUAUGUGAGGUUUUUUUCGAGAGUUUUUUCCGUUUGCCACAGGCACAGGCAAUCUCUAACCCUCAUCGAUAUGUGUGCGUGUGUGUGUUUUUUUAUGUCGGUAUAUUCUGAACCUACUUUAUAUAUAUGAUCCUUUAUCAAUCGACCAAUUUACGCAAUAAGUUUAAGGUAAUAUUUAGUACGUAACGAUGCAACCCGCCCGCUGAUUCUGCACGCGGCGGCGGCACACUAGCUGUGAGAUAUUACCAUUUAGUUCUCGUUAACCCCUGUUUGGGUGCAAAAGAAAAGCCGCAGUUCGACGAAAGCGAAACACCUCUCAAAUCUAGUCGUCAAAAAUCGCGAAAAAACAACAACCAGUUAGCAGUUUCAUCAUGCUUGUUCAUACGUAGUUGUCCUCCCUCACUGUUUGGGAUCUUCCUACAGAGCCGAUCUGCCAUGUGUCGUUCACAUCGUUUAAUGUUAAAGCAUUUUGCCAUCCCGAGGGAAGAUUCAUCCAGACUUAAUCAUAUUGAUUAUGAUUCCAUUACCAAUUAUGCUAGCUGUAAAGUAUAAGCAAUCUUUCUGUGGAUAACCUUUCUACAUUUUCAUACGGUCAUCGAUACCAUUCAAUUGCUUUCCGGUUGGGUUUCGUUUUGUUCUGGUUUCAUCGCACUGCGGAAAAUGUCGGCUAAAAAGAAAACGGAGGAGGAGGACUCGUACCAUAAUUGUAGCACAUCCUUAAACAAUUUCUUUAGGCUUGGUAAGCGUACAAUUUCUUCUGUAAAUAUUAAUUAGCGUAAUGGAUUUGAGAUUAAUUGUGUCCUAUUGGUAUAAUUGCGUUUGUUUCCGGCUGGUGUACUACAGCUUCCCUAAAGUAGUGUAGUAGUGAUAAGAUCGGUUUAUCUCUUCGGUUGUGUCGCAUUGUUUUGUGCGGUUUACAUAACUUUUGCAACGCAUAGUACCAUUGAUGCUUGUGGCUCUUUUUUUUAUGUGUAACUUACCUCCAACCUUUUGGUUGUGUAGAAAAGCGAUUGCGAUUGAAAAAAGACUCGGGAAAAUAUGGAA